AUGGCUGAGAACGCCUCCCUUAGAGAAGAACUAACAAACAAUGAAAAAAGAACAAACGAGCCAAGCUAUGCGGCCAUUCUCAAAAACACAACCACAACAAACAAACCGAUUGAGUCACUCUCCACCAACCAAACUGAGCAACGCAAAAACACAGAAAACGAACCUAAAGACGGCCUCCUAAUAUUCAGCACAGAAAGCUCAGACACACAACCAUUCCAAACAGUCAAGACAAUGUUGAGGAGAUUCACUCCACACGAACUAGGACUGACCAACCCCGAGGUGAAACCUAUUCGGGGAGGAGCUAUAGUACUAAGCUCCAAAAGAUACGGUCAUGUAGCUCUCCAAGCAAACAUAGAACGAGACCCGGAAACUAAACACAAGUUUGAGGCGAAAAUCUCCAUCAAAAAGAACCCACAGAUCUCCAUCCUAGGGGUGGACCGAGAAAUCACGAACCAGGAACUCAAAUCUGAGAUUAUCAUCCAAAACAACCUUGAUGGACAACCCGACGACAUCAGGGUCGUCAUCUCAUUCGAUAAACAGCACACAAAAACUCACAUCGUAGAGGUAACUCCAAAUAUAUGCAAACAACUUAAAGAAAAAGCGACUCCUCAUAGGGUGGACUUCGUGCCCAGUCAGAGAAAACACAUACACGCCGAGGUGCACAAAGUGUUGCAGAUAUGGACACAAUGAGAAGAACUGGACGAACCAGGUGCUCGGAAUGCAGCGGACCACACCACUACAAACAAUGCCAAGGAGAAAUUGACGAAUCCGGACAACCCCGCCCAAACGGAUGCCCUGCCUGCAAUGACAGAAACCAAUUCGAAAACACAAACUUACAUACCAAUCAUUCCUUCUAUGAUUGGACAUGUCCUACGCUAAACGCUGAAAUCGAAAAGGCAUGCCGGAAAAUUAACUAUGAUUAGAGAAAUACGGAAACAAAGGGGAGUACGGAAACUACCCGAAAAUUCGCAGCAAAAACAGAAACUGAAUACAAAGAUUCAUUAAGUAUAAUCCAAAUGAACUUAAAUACUCAUACACAGCGACCGAACACCUAAAAAUAAACCAACUAAUACUAAAAAAUCAGAUCACAUGUAUCCAAGAACCAUACUAAGCAAAAAAUAAAAUAAUUGGACUUAGCAAUAGGGACACAAUUGUCCAAGGACAAAUCAAACCAAGAACAGCCAUAAUCAUCCACAAUGACAAACUAUUUGACUUGCACAUAGAAAAAAACAGAAAGAGAUAACUGCGAUAGUAAUAACCACAAAAAAGAGGAACUCCUAUUGAUAAAUGUAUAUGCCCCACCCAACGAUGAUAUAAAAGAAACUAUCAAGGAGGUUAAAGAAAUAACAGAAAAAUUUUAACACCUACCGACACUUAUAGUAGGAGAUUUCAAUGCAAAAAACCCAGUCUGGGGGGUAAAAAAUUAGACGAAUGUGAGAAAUACUACACGACUUCAUAUUAGAAAGCGAUCUAUACCUUAUUAACGAUCCAGAAUCACCACCCUCAUUCACAUCAUCAAACGGUAAAAGCUGGAUAGACAUUACUUUAGCAAUAAACAAUAUAAUUGGCAAAAUAAAAACCUGGGAAGCUCUAGACGAAAUUUCCGCUAGCGACCACAACUCCAUUAGAAUCGAUCUCUCAAACAAAAUAGAAAACAAAUGCACAAAACUGACAAAAAAAGGAGAGCUAAAACUCAUAGAGGAAAUCAUAGACGUCGACUGGAUAAGGCUUACUAAAACAAAAAAAUACACUCAAAAGUAAAACUCUAACACAUAAUCAACACAAUAAUAAAAAAAAACUUGAAGACCUUUAUAAAAAAUAUGUAAAAAGAGUUGUUGAGACCACCAAACAAAAUCCUUGGUGGAGUCCAGAACUUGAAAUAGAACGGAAAAAAACAAGAGCAUUAAGGCGCAGAUACCAAAAAUGUCAAGAUAUGAUGCGAGGUGAACACAAGUCAAUAUACCUAGAGGCUUAAAAAAUUAUAAGAAUAAUGUAAAAAAGCAAAAAUCGAAUCAUGGCAGUCAUUUUGUACAGAAACAACAAAAACAAACAUAUUCAACAUCUCUUACAAAAUAGCACUGAACAAGAUGAAAAAAAACAUCACAAUACCAGCAAUCAGGAAAGCUGAUGGAAACAAUUCAACAUCACUUGAAGAUUCAAUAAAAACUAUACUAACGGCGCACUUCCCAGCGGACAACCCGAAUGAGUAUAACAAAGAACAAAGGAAAAUUCAGGACGAAAUAGGACACCCCCUGGAGACCGAAGGCGACACACCGUUUGUAAUUAGUGAAAUAGAAAACGUCAUAAAAAAAUAUCCCAAACCGGGUAACACCCGGCCCGGACAACCAUUGCUACAAUAAUAAUAAAAUCACUUUUCAACAAACAUAACAACUAUUCCUUAACGUCCUCAAUGGGUGCCUAGCAUACGAGUACUAUCCAACACAGUGGAAACAAAAAAAAAACAAUCCUAAUCCCCAAAAACACAGGUAACCCCCACGAAACAAGCGCAUACCGACCUAUUUGCAUAAACUCAAUAUUCGGCAAAAUUUUAGAAAAACUAUUAAAUAAUCGAAUAUACUACUACCUCCAUAGCAAAAACCUAUUACACGCUAAACAAUACGGAUUUACAAACGGUAAAUCAGCAACUAAGGCACUACUAAAAAUAAAAGAAUCUCUUAUAGAAAACAUAGCUGCAAAUCAAAAAUCAAUACUAAUAUUAGUAGACAUAUCGAACGCUUUUAAUACAGUAUGGAUACCCUUCGUGCUGCAAAAACUAAAGGAAUAUGAACUCCCAAAAAAUCUCUACUUACUAUUACAAACAAUUUUAAAUCAAAGAACUAUAAACUAGUUGCUACAGAAAUCACAAUAAACUCCCCAAUAGGAAGCCCAUAGGGCUCACCAUUAAGCCCUCUUAUUUGGAACAUCUUCAUUGCUACUCUACUAGAUCUUAAAUGUGAAGAAGGAACAUACCCCCAGGCAUUUGCAGAUGACAUAACAAUCAUAGGAAAAUGAAGCAAGGAAAUCUAAUCUACUUUUGCCUCAAAAGUAGAUUGGAAAUAGAACAGAGAGCAAACCAAACAUUAGCAAUCAUAGACAAAUGGAGCAAGGAAAAAAAAGUUAACUUCAAUAAAACAAAAUCUCAAUACGUCACAAUUGGAAAGGAUUAUAAAAAAAGGCCACCAACAGUAAAAUUCGGAGAUAAGAAUCUCAAACAUAUGGAAGAACUCAAGAUAUUGGGUGUCAUAUUUGAACGAAAUCUAUCAUUUAUUCAACACGCGAAUUACCUAAAAUCUAAAAUAUACCAAAACACCACUAAAUUGGCAACAUUUGCAGGAAUAAAAUGAGGAAUUAAACCUAGACAAUUCAGAGAUAUCUACAUUAAAUCAAUUGAGAGAACAAUAGUUUACGCAGCAGCAGUGUACUGGAAAUCCACCAAUAACUCCCACCUACUUAGAAAAAUGAUUUCGGUACAGAGAAUACCGCUUAUAAAAAUUCUCAAAGCUUACAGGACUCUUAGUAAUAAAAGUCUUAAUAUCCUUGCAAAUAUAAAACCAAUCGAGCUGACACUUAAUAAGGAAGUAGCAACAUUCAAUAUUUUUCAGAAUAAUUGGCGGGAAACAAUAUAAACAAAAAAAAUAAAACAACAUUUCAUCGAGGUAUGGAGGACUCACCCUGCAAAGUUGGAGGGCUUCCCAUUCCGAAACAACAACCAAACCGCCAUCCCAACGGAACGUAAGAUAUACACCGACGGAUCAGUAGCAAAAACAUCAGUGGGGGCCAGUUACAUAAUAAUGGACCAAUCGGAGUCAAUCAUAGCUAUGAAAAAAUAAAACUACCAGUAUACGCAAAUAUAUAUGAAGCUGAAUUGAUCGCCAUACUAGAAGCAUUAAAGGAGAUACUAAUAUAUGAUAAUAACACCACUUUAGCAAUAUACUCAGUCUAUCUUCACUAAAAGCAAUAGGAACCAAUAGUACAUAAGAUAAAAGAAACAACGAAAGAAUCCUUCAAAAACAAACUCUAUUUGCACCAUAUAAAAGGACACUCGAAUAUCGACGGGAACGACAUAGCAGACAAAUUAGCUAAUGAAGCACGAAAGACAGGCAUACCAAUAGAAUUAAAGAUGAAAACAACAUAAAAAACGAGAUAGAGAAAAGCAUGAGGGACAUUUGGGAAGAAGAAUGGACACAGAGUGACACAGACAAAAACACACAGCUGGAUAAAGUCAAUUCACAACAUCCCAGAAUACUUUCCAACUUACUACCAAACUCAACUCAUAACAAACCAUGGGAAAUUCCCCUACUACAUUAAAAAAAUAAGAAAAACAGAACACAGCGAUUGUGAGUGUGGGGCGGAGGCAGAGGAAUUUCAACAUUACACUGGAAACUGUCCGAUCACUAAAACACUUAGCGAUACCUUCUUAGAAAAAAAAUCCAUCAGGCUUAACGAAUAACUCCAAAAUAACAAUAGUACAAAGCGAAAAUGAACUAAAAAUACUAGAGAACAUAGAAUUAAUAAGUGGUAACAAAAAGAAAGUAUGUCGAAAAAAAACAAAAAAAAAAAAACCCUUGAAACCAAGACAGGACGCCAGCACGAUCAAUUGAAGGCAGCAAACAGUCCACAAGAACAAGCAACCAAAAAGGACAAAAAGAAUGGGGCCCGGCCACUAAAGUGACGUGCAAACACACAGGGACGAAUUCAGGGGGGAGAAACCGGGACCUCCCCCUACAAAAAAUAAAUAAAUAAAAAAGUGACAGGUGACAACAAAAGAACAGGACACAGCGGAGGAGGGCUGACGAGCGUUGCCCAGUCCUCAGUGAGUCUCUGAUUCCUUCCCGGGGAGUCCGGGCCGCCUGCCCGCCCCCCGGCCUCAGGGUAGGGUCACGAACUGUCCAGAAACAGGAUAGCGGUGUCACGGCGGCCCACAUCAACCCCAUGGUAUGGUCGCGGACUGUCCGGGAACAGGAUAUCGAUAUCGGUGUCACGGCGAACCUCAUAAAAAAAAAAAAGGGUUUCUACAAAGCAGCGUUCCCCCCCCCCCCCCCCC